AUGCCUCCGAAGCGCACGAAAAAAGCUACCUCGACAGCCAAAAACCCUCCAUCUCCCCCGCUGUCUGAGAAGAAUGCCACGACAACCCACGAACCUGACCCUAAGCGCGAGCUCGAGUCUACUGACCAUGCCAAUCCACCCAGCUCCCAACAAAGCGAGGAGAUAACUGACAGCGUCCCCUUCGACCCCGACGAAGAGAUGCCCGAGGAAACAGAACACACCAUUAUAGAAGAAACAGACAGACAGAACAAACCCAGCUACGCAGGCGGAUACAACGCCCUCAAGUCAUUCAAGGGACAGGUGUACUCGGGUAUGGCGGUGGGGGGAUCCCACACCUGGACCUACGACGCAGGGACCUGGAAAGAAACCAAAGAAGAGCCGGAUCUGUGGCGGAUCGACUACAGGACCAACAAGCGGCGAGCCCGCAAGGCGCCGGAGGGGAGCGGCGCCCCCGUCGGGACGGAGUACCACUGGCUGAUUGUGGCGCAUCAGCAUGUGAAGAAGGUGGAUGCGAACACGUACGAGACGCAUCUGACGGGGUCCAAGUACAAGCUGGCGUACAAAUCUGCGUCGUCGAAUUCGUGGUCGAUUCCGACGGUGAAGAAGCAGCGCGAGAGGGAAGUGGAGCUGCUUGAGGAUGCGAAGCAGAGGGUUCAAGGACUGCCGCCGGUGUUGACGACGGAGAAGGUUAGAGUGGAGAAGCAUGAGAAGGGGCAGCAGAGGUUGGAUAGCAUGUUUACCAAGGCGGGGAGUGCGGAUUCGCCGUCGAAGAAGAGGAAGAUUGAUACCACUUAG